GAUAUAUAUUACUAUUUCCAAUUAACAGCUGUAUCAACCAUCAAUCGUUUCAAUUUUCAGUAGUGAUGGUCUUGCAUCCACUACAUUUUCCAUCCAUUUUCCAUCAUUUGACUCUGUCAAGUACUGGUGAAGGUGGUUUCACGCUGACACACAUCUUCACAAACACGACCGGCAGAACCUCGGACGGACUCGUGAACGAGAGACCCCUGCUGGCGCUGCUGCCCUCGAAUUUUGGAACGUCACCCAGAACCUCUUAGACCCCUUCCCAAUUUUUCAGUAAAUUUGGAUCUGUCCACAUCUUUCCCUGAAGCAUCACUUCCCGAUUCCCCGCAAUCCCCCUCGACCGUCCUCUUGCCACUCUUUGGGAGUGUUUCGGGAGGCUGACUAUCCCACAAUGGCCGACGUUGCGACCGCGAAGCCCAACGGGGCCGGCGAUGCAUCUGCCACCAAGUCCAAGCCCUCGGUGACGAGGGUUGAGAAGCCCGACGACGAUCAGUAUAAGAAGGAUUUGGAGAAGGCCGAGAAGGAGCAUGCGGCCUCGCAAGAGAAAUUGGUGGGUUACGUCCAGCUUUGACGAUGGUCAUCCGUUGGACUCAGUGGCAGUCGCUAAUGUUCAAAUCAGACCAAGAUCAAGGACAAG